ACGAUUUUCGACUUUCGUAGAGCCCAAGAAGGAUGCCCUUAUACCUUCUGAUAUUAAGGGAAUUUCGAAGAGACGAUUUUCGACUUCCGUAGAUCCCAGGAAAGAUACUUUUAUAAAUUCUGAUAUGAAGAAGAUUCCUAUCAGACAAGUUUCGAUCGCAGAGCCCAGGAAUAAUGAGGAUGUAUCCGAGAAUGUGUCUGAUUUUAGGGCUCCUCCGCUUCUGGGGACCAUUCCAAAACAUCCAGCUAAGGAAAUUAAGGGGAUGCCCAUAAGACGACUUUCGACUUUCGUAGAGCCGAGGAAGGAUGCUCUUAUACCUUCUACUACUAAGGCGAUUCCGAUUAGACGACUUUCGAUCGCAGAGCCCAGGAAUAAUGCUCUCAUACCUUCUAAUAGUAAGGGAAUUCCGAAGAGACGAUUUUCGACUUACGUAGAGUCCAGAAAUAUUAUUUUUAAAUCACCACAGAGAAGCGUUCUUCGGCCCAUCCAACAGCAGGCCAAACCACAUUCAGCACUGAUGAACAUAAACCAAAUGUUGGCUUCGGGAAAUGUGAUUAAACUCAGUUCGAUAAACAUCACGCCCAAGCCGAAACCAAGUUCUCCUCCAAUCAAGUUGCCAACUAAGAUUGACCUUCCCAAGCAGCAGGCGGAAAACAAAAGCGAGUCGCUCUUGAAACCCAAGAUCCCACAGGCCAUAUUCAAUGAGCAGAAUAUUAUGACCAUCGAGGAAAUCGAGGAGGAGCUCCGCAAUCCCAUCAAGAACGAUGUGAUUAAGUGGUCGCUAAUGAGCGAUGAGAUACUGCGCCUUGUUCCUGGUCCACGUUGCUCCUUGUCGGCUAACUACAUAGCUUUGCUACGCAUUGUAGAUCGACUUUAAGUCGUUAACUCAUUACCAAAACAAUGCCUGAAUUCCAUCCAAACACACCAAAACAUCGCCAUCCAAAGCCAAAGAAGUUCAUAGUUUUAAGA